AUGACGGAAACGCGACCCGAGAAUGGUGCCACACUGGACAUGAAAGCAAAAGUGGGCGUCUCUGGAAGCUCUUCAAAGUUGCGCCCUACUGCUAAAGAAUUCGUAUUUAAUACUGCUGCCCCCGUUUGGAUCCCGUCGGCAGUAGCUACACCGCCGCCUAUCCCCAGAACGAGCCAGUUGAAGCUAUCGGCCAAGCCCUUUGUGCCUUCCUUCACGGCGCCAGUUUUUGUGCCUGCUUCGAUGCAAGCGCCCCCGAAAUCAACUCAAAGUGUUGAAACAGUAAUGUCGACCACAACUACGAACCUUGUGAAGAAAAAUGAAGUGACGACUACGUUGUCCGACUCUGUAUCGACGCCAGCGACGUCAGCUGCUUCUUCGAACGCCUCCGAGCCAGAGGUUGACGAUAUUAAGGAUGACGCGAAGCCUGAAAUCCAAGUAGAGGCAACUGAGCGUGAAGAGAAGCAGAAACACGAUAUUAAUGUCGAGUUCGAGGAUAACGGGACCACUAAAGAGCCCAAGACCGAGAGAGAGACACAAGAAAUAGUGACGGAGCAGGUCAUGAUCGGUGAGCGUAUACUUUACACCAUUCAACAACUGCUCGAUAUGGAGCCAGAAAUCGAACUGUGUAUAAUGCCGGAGAGCGUCAAAGAAAGCUGUAUUGCUGCAGACGAGUCGACUAAGGCACUCUCAGCUUCUGCCUCAGAUUUUUUAAGCAGAGACGUGCGUCGCACUGACUCGUCGCGGUCUUUGAGUCGUCAAUGCAGUAGUAGCUCUGGUGAAGGUCGUGGACGGCGGGAGCGUGGAAGUAGCCGUGGAGUUCGUGCAGGACGCGGCGACCGUAGCCAUCAUGAGACUGCGCCUGCUUUGGAAGACUGUGCACCGCUUGAUAUUAACGAGGAAACUCGAUGGAAGCCAUCACACGCUAAGUCUCGUCUCGAUGAACCGGUUGAGACUGUCGAGGCGUCUCUAAAAGAAGCCAAGUCCAUUUUAAACAAAUUGUCGAUUGAAAAGUUUGAAAAACUCUCGGAUCAACUGAUUGAGGUUGCUGUUCGUGGAUUGGAUGUCUUAAAAGGAGUGAUUGAGAUGGUGAUUGCCAAGGCACAGAUGGAAUGGCAUUUUUCGACCAUGUAUGCUGAACUUUGUGCUAAAAUUGCUCAGACGGCCAUGCCUGCGAUCACUUUGGAGGAAGGUGAAGUGGUUACAAAUACGCACAAGCUUUUUCGAAAGCUGCUGUUGCAACAAUGCCAAAAAGAAUUUGAAGCCAAGCCAGAGAUUGAAGGAUUAGAUGACAUGGCCGAAGCAGAACGUCUUGAAAAGGAAUUAAUUCUUAAACGCGCUUCUCUUGGGCAUAUUCGCUUUGUUGGCGAACUUUUUAAGCAGCGAAUGCUGAGUUCCCGAAUCAUGCACGAGUGCAUCAGUAUCUUAUUUGGUGACAUUGCGGCCCCUGAUGAAGAAUCGCUCGAAUGUUUAUGUAAUUUGUUAAGUACAAUUGGACAAACCCUCGAAGCGAAUGCCAAAGAACAGGCGGAACUAGAACACAUUUCCGGAUACUAUACUACGAUUAGAAAGCUGAGUGGACAAUCCAAAUUGCUUUGUACGCGUGUGCGCUUUAUGCUUCAGGAUUUGCUGGACUUGCGAAAGAAUCGAUGGGUUGCCCGACGUAAGGAAUCCAAAGCUAUGACAAUUGCCGAGGUGCACGCUGAGGUUGCCCGGGAAGCAAAAGAAAAGGAACGAUCCAGUACCAAGUCUGGAAGCCACAUUCGGCUUCAACGCAGUCACUCGAUGAAUUCCACUGGCUCAAUUAAUUCGAACGAUCGAAGACGAAGUAGUGGAGGCGGUGGCGCGUCAGCCUGGAAGGCACGUGCUUCUGCUACUUCGACACCUUUGUCCAGCAACAGCAAUAGUAACGGUGUUGCUUCAGUGGAUGCAGAUGGUUGGGAAACAGUCACGGGUGGACCACGUUCAAAAGGUAUGAAACACCGCAGUAAUUCAGAUCGUUUCCCGGCCCCAUCGUCGGGUGGUCUCCUUCGCCAUCCGAGCAAUUCUCGUCUUACUAACAGCAAUACAUUUGCUUCAUUAAGUGGCAAUGACAUUGGACGUAAGGAGCGUAGUCGUAGCAACAGCUCGUCGUCUAUGCGAGUUUCACGUGGUCGUGAAGACAUUGGUCGCCCUCCAACUCCUUUUUCGGCCAAGUCAAGCUGUGGUGAAUCUCUUAGACCUAAAAAGACAUCACAGGUGACGUCUGUUUCACCGAUGACAGCUGAAGCCUUUGAGAAGAAGGUGAAGGCUAUUCUGGACGAGUAUGUUGAGCUGGAAGACCUGGAGGAAGCAUAUACAAGUUUGACGGAGCUAAAUGCUGCGACUCACUACAAUCUAAUCCCUAACAAGGUAUUAAAUAUUGGUCUUGAAAGAGGGGAGAAGGAGCGAGAGGCAGUUGCAAGCUUCUUGGCUGGCUUAUAUGACCGCAAGAUUGUAACUAGUGCCGCAUUGGAGAGUGCACUUCAGAAUGUACUGGAGUUUACCGAGGAAAUUGAAAUUGAUAUUCCCAAGACUCUGCCGUACUUAAGUGAGAUGGUUGCACCCUCUGUGGUAUCUGGUUGCCUUACAAUACCGCAACUUGUAGCAAUGACGGAUCAUUUGCGCUAUAAUGGAAAGGCUGCAAAGCUAAUUGGUUCUACUCUGGCAUCAGUCGUUUUGUGCGAGGAUGAAGCAAAGGUAUUAGAGCUUCUUGCUGUCGAGAGUAUUGACUUUAUGGCGCUACUGGCUGAAACAAAUCGGAACGAGGAGGCCGUACGAGAGUUCUAUCGUGACUAUUCGUUGGGGUUUCUUUUGUGA